AUGCUAUCAGCGGGCAUGAUAGUGGGCGGGUGGGACCAGUACGACGGUGCAUCGGUGUACGCGCUGCCGCAGGGAGGCACGCUGCUCAAGGCGCCCUUCGCCAUCGGAGGGUCCGGCUCCUCGUACCUCUUUGCCUUCUGUGAUGCGACCUUCAAGGAGGGCAUGAGCAAGGAGGAAGCCGAGGCCUAUGUAGUGAAGGCGGUGUCUCUCGCCAUGGCUCGCGACGGGGCAAGUGGGGGAUGCGUGCGCACCGUCACGAUUGACAAGGAGGGAGCCACCAAGAAGUUCCACCCAGGAGACAAGCUGGAGCUCUUUUGGGAUGAGAUGCCCGCACAGGAGUCCUUCCUCAAGCCGCUCGUUCCCGCCUCCUCGUAG